CUGUAGGUUCUUAAAUGAGCAUUUUAUUUUCUGUGUUCAGAAGUUCUGGGCAGUUUUCUUGUGUUAUGUGGUAUAUGUUCUUUGACUCAUGAUAUUCUUCUGGGAGGCCUGUGAUCCUUGCAUUGUCACUAUGUAUUUUGUCUUUGAGAUUAAUAUAUUUUUCUUGUAUAGAGAAAAUCUUUUCUUUUAAUGGUUUUGCUUUUCUUCUUUUAGAUUGUCCUUCAUUCCUCUACAUUUCCAUUCCCAAUUAGAUCUCUCUCUCUUUUUUUAAUGAGGUUUCCUCUCAUGAUACAAGUUUUUCUAUUCUACCAAAUAUUAUUUUUGCUAUAUAGGUCAUAAAUUCUUCUUUCACAAUAUCAAUGUGUCUUUUAAACCAUUCAUGAGCAUCUUUCUGUGAUUUGGGGAGGUUGUUAGAAUCCAUAGGGCCCUCUGAUUUGUUAGGCAUUGACUGUUUUUUUUUUUUAAUUUUCUAAUAUUUCUUCAUAGGUGACUAAGUUUUCUUAGUUGAUUCAAAAGUCAUGUUCUCUUCUAUUAUUAAUAUCUUCCCUCAUCAUAUAUUUGCUUAUUUUCUUUCUCCUGAGAUCUCUGAUAAUUCCAGUUUUUCCCAAAAAUAUUUCCCUCCUAUUCACUUUCUGACUUCCUCCCUUUUGAUGGCACUUUCCUUGGGGACUAGACUUCAAAGCUAUCUCAACCUUCUAUCCUAGGCAAUUCACAUUUCAUCAGCCUCAAUAUCUUGCCCAAGUGACUUUUGUGGGAAUCAAACUGGUCUUAGCUGGAUAAUGGGUCCUUUCUCUCAGGCUUAGUGAAGGGCCACACAGCUACCCAUGUGUCCUACUCCAGUUCUUUCUGUUCCUCAGCUCUCUGGCUAAGUCCUGGUGCAGUUCAGAGCUCUGCCUCACUGUUAGACCCAGCUUAAUAAGCUUUUGCUUUUUGGUUUUGUUCAGGGAGGAAGAUUUGAGAGUAGAGUUGAGUUUUAUUGCAAGCUUUUGGGUUGGCUUUUAGGUGUCCUGUCCAAGCAUGAGGAGGGGUGUAGGAUGGGGUGUAGAGGGUUAAAGUUUAGGAGUUGGCUAUCUCUGCUGUUAGCUCAUCAGAUUCUUACUUUGUUAGGGUUCUUGGUGUGCCAGAUCUCAAUGGAGUCAUUUGAAAAUGGUUUUAUCUCUUUUGCACAAUUCCUGCUUUGGAAAGGUUUUAGAAUUUGUGAAGAUCAAAGAAAAUAUUUAAUCCUCCAUCUUGAUGUUUGUUUUGUUGAUUCUCAGUCUUGUCCUUUUAUUCAUAGUGCCUAGAUCAAUGCCUAGGGCACACUAGUAGUGUACCAGAAUGCUUCUUGAUUAAUUAAAGAAACAGACUUUUAGCUUGCAGAUGAAAAUACUUUGGAUGUAUAUAUAUGAAAGCAGUGGAACAAAUAUUUGAAGGAUUAUUAUAUGAAAAAGGAAUUAGGUUUGUUCUGUCUUAAUCCAGGGGACAGAACUGGCAGCAAUUGGUGGAAGCUAUUUAGAGGAAAAGUUAAGUUAAUUAUAAGAAGUAAUUUCUAAACAAUUAGAGCUAUUCAAAAGUAGAAUGGUCUUCUCAGAGAGGGAAAGUAUUUUUGUCACUGAAGAUUUUCAAGCAGAGGCUAGACAGUCAUUUGUUGGUGACUAGGUGACCUUGGUGACCUAGGUGACUUUGAAAUCUCCUCCAAUUCUGAGAUUAUAAAACACUGUCCCCAUUUACUCUCCUCCACCAAGUUGUAAGGUAACUAUGCUUCUAUGGGGCACGUCUCAUUUACAAUAUGAAACUUUUCACUGUACUUGAAGAACCUUUUCUAUACAGACAUCCUCAAAUAAUUGCAGUGGUUCAUCAUAUUUCUGAAGCUCACAUCCUUACCAAUAGACUCUAACAACAAAAACACUCCUACUCACUAUAAAUAAAUACUUUUAUAGAUAUCUCCAUUUUCUUUUGCUCUCACACACUCACAAACACACACAGAGAAUUCUGUCUACAAACUGAUGUAAACAGAAUAAAGGAAAUGAUUAAUUUUUUCCAACCUUCACCUUCCAUCUUAGAAUCAAUACUUUGUAUUGUUUCUAAGGCAAGAGUGGUAAGGGUUAGGCAAUGGGAGUUAAGUGACUUGCCCAGGGUCACACAGCUGGGAAGUGUCUGAGGCCAAAUUAAGAUACUUGAGAAUCCAAUGUCGUGCCAGAUUUGAACCAAGGACCUCCCAUCUCUGGGUCUAGCUCUCAAUCCACUAAACCACCCAGCUGCCCCCUAUUAAUAAUUAUUUUAUUCAACUAGAAGUUGAUAAAGUGGACAGAUAUUUUCUAUUUAAAUAUUUAAAAGGAGAUCUGAGAAUAUGUAAUUUAGUCUCCCACUGUUAGCUUAUUUCCAUCCCUUUUCCCUAGACAGAAUCAGUCACUCAUACUUUUUUGACUUGGGUAAAUUAAGACACUUGAGAAUCCAAGGUAGUGCCUUCUGAUGCUUGUAUGAAUAACACCUCUGAUGUGAGGGCUUUCUGAGCUGUUGUCAUGGUUGCUUAUCCACCUUUGGUGUCUACUUGUCACCCAGUUCUCACCUAUGUCUUCAGGGAACUGUAGCAUGGGCAGUGGUCACACCCCAGUAAAAACUGUCUUGGCAGAUGGGCAAAAGCUGGUUGAGGGUGAUCAACAAGUCUCAGAUCUUUCAGUGAGUGAGGGGGAUGUCUACUCCAGGCACAUGAAGACUUCCCCUGGCAAAAUGGGAGAAUGAAAGAAAUUUUUAUGAUGGCCAUGAAGGCAGCUGAAGUGGGUGCUUUGGCGCACUUAGAGCUUGGAUGUACAUCAGAGAUGCUAAGGCCAUCCACUCCAUCCUGGGCCAUCACCAGUUGUCCUGACUUUAGUUUUACCAGCAGACUUUGAUGACUCUGGAAGAGAGAGUGAUGCUGAUGACUUUGUGCAUCUCCAAUUUAUGUGCGAGUCAAGAUAUCAUCCAUGAUGCCACUGGUCCUCCUACAAAAUCAAGAAUGGACAACAACAACGGAGAACUGAACAGAACACUUAUCUUUUACUAUUGGCUCAGAUUCUCAUAUAUUGUGUACACAGGACUGAAAUUGAUUCCCCUUUCCUUCUUAAAAUGUAUAUGUCAUAGCUUAAUACCAGUGAAAACAACAUCUGGCUAAUGAUCACAACUUUAACAAAUGAUCAAAUUCUUGACUUAGGUCUCUGUGAAUACUUGUCUUAUCCAAGCUAACUGCUUAAGAAAAGUCUGCCUGGAUUAAAGACAUCUAUUUAAGGAAAAAAGAUUUGAAUUUUACAAGUAUUAUCUGUUCAGAUUUUGCAUGUCUUGCACUUCACCUCAGGAAACCAAGCUUAUUAAAUAUUUUUAUGUGCAGGUGACUUCCCCCGGCUCCACACAGAACCCUUAAUUAAACAAACAUGAUCAGCUUCACAAAAGAAAGUCUACCCUGAAAUAUAGAUGAACUGUUUGUGUUCUUGGCUUUUUACCCUUACUUCAUGGCUUCUAGGAAAGGAAAAGAAUUGCAUUAAGUUUAGCCCUAAACUUUUACAUGCUGAUUCUAGAAAUUCUUUGUCAAUCUCUUUCUCAUUAGCUGUUCUCUGUGUCAUUCCUAUCAAUUUUGUGGUUUGGGAUGCCACUAGAAGUUGGUAAUCAUCAGCCUUUGCACAGGAAGUCAUUGUCUUUGCAGUCAUUUCCUUUUGCAUAUUUCUUUGGGUAAUCUUAGUGACAACUCUAUGCAAAACAGUGAUGUCGAGUUAGGUUAGUCUUUAGAGCCCUAGCCCCCACUUCUCAUUUCUCACUUUUAUUUUUACAUUUUAGCCUCCAGUGUAGCUCUCCUUGCACUCCUAACUGCUUCCGUGAUACACCCUUCUGAGGUCCUCAUUUUCUGAUAACUUGCUUAGGCUCUGAAUGGAUCCACUUUUGCAUCCUCUACCAAAGAUUCCCCGUCAGGUGUUUCAUUUCCUUAGGGCCCCAGUUCUCAGCAAGCAGAUAAUGGCUUAAAGUGUUACUCCUUCCAGGAGUCUUAACAUUUUAAUAAGCCCAGGCUUGACUUUAAUUUUCAUUGGUGGAAUUCUAGGCACCCUCCUAGUUCUUUGCGGUAGAGGCCAAAAGUUCUUUCCUCAGUUUUCUUCAGAUAAUACCACAGAGUGUAGGCAGAGGAGGCAAUGUAGGCAGACUCAAUCAAGAACACCAUUUAGGGAGGGGUGGAGAAGUGGAGGUGGAGGGAGACAGGGUGAACACUUCUCUAUAUUCCUUUUGAUAAGUGUAACCAUAACCCCCUUAUCCUCCCCCAGAAGUUAACUUGUAUAUCUUUAAUAUGAAAACAUUUUUCUCUCCAGGCUAGGCAGGUAUUCAUUCUGUGAUAGCCUCAGUUGGCUGUAUUUCAGAAAAAAGCAUAAAGCCACAAGUGGACAGUAACAAAGGCCAGGUGUGUAAUUUUCAAACCUUGCCCUAAGGCACAUGAGUGACUUGCCCCAGCUACACAUGUAGGUUAGUAUCUAUUCUUCUGACAACUGAAGUCACCCCUGGGUGGUGUAGACACCUCAUGGGAGCAAGACUGCUGCCAUUUUGGACACAAUAUGGCUCUAAACUUAGAUAAUUUCUACAGUUUGGUUUUUCUUGGUAUUAUGGAAUAGCAUUUCUUUUCUCGAUGGAAAAUGCUUAGAGCUUUGUAUCUUUUAGGUCCAAAAUUUUGUAGAAAAGAUUUGUAAGUGGAACUUCAUUUAUAAGACUAGUGCUGGGGAUGGGGUUUACACCCCCAAAAAGUAAUGUCUUACAGUGGAAAGCACGUUGGACCAGGUAUCAGAGAACUCUGAGAUAGACUUAAAUCCUGGCUCUAUUAUUUACUAACUACACGACCAACUCAGUUUCCUCAUCUGUAAUUGGAUCAGAUGACCAAUGGGUUCAGAGGAGCUACAUUCAAAACAAACCUCUGAUGAUUAUUCCCUGUACCUGUACUAUUUGCUUUUGUGCAAAUCACUCAAUAUCCCUGGGGCUCAGUUUCAUCAUCUGUAAAAGUGGAAUUUGGACUAGAUGUCCCCUGUGGUCCCUUCCAUUUUUAAAGCUGUAUUAUCAACUGCAGUGAUGUGUCAGGUCUUGAAUUUAAGUGUUUGUUAUAGUUUGGGGACUCAUAGUACAAUCCAUGUCACCAUUCUUGGUGAUGCUGCCACUCAUGCUAACUAUGGAAACAAGCAGGUUCCUAAAAGGUUGGGAUGGGAGCAUCCGAAGGGCACCUCCUACACACGGAAUGAGGAGCUAUAUUGUAAAAAGGUUCUUUUGGAGCUGAGCUGGCACACUUUUUUUUGAAAAAGGGCCAACUUAAAAAGAUUUUACUACUUUUAUUUGGCAAGCUCUGUUAAGACUGAAUUAUACUCUUGAUUUAAGUGCAUUUAGAUUCAAUGUCAGUCCAAGUAAAUAUUAUGCCCUUUGUGUUCUAAAAGUAGCUUUCAUGGUGACCUUGAGAUUCAGAUUUCGUUAAGUUUACCAUCUUAUAUUUUCAAAUAUAAUAUGCAUGUAUUUAUGUUUUUAUACAUACACACAUGCCCAGGGACUUGUUGAAUUUUAGGUCUGGAAGGAAUUGCAGUCAUUUUCCAGCUCAAACCUCCUCAUAUUGCAGAUGACAAAGCUAAGAUCCAGAGAAUUUAUAUCAUUUACUCAAUGUCCCAUAGCUAAGUGGUGACAAAUGCUACAAGGACUCAGUUCUCUCUUGACUCUCUUGACUCUUUUUUUCUACCAUACUAGGACCCCUCCUCCCCCCAAUUUGGUUUUUGUUUCAUAGGAUCACAGAAUUGAAUCAUGAAGGAACUUUAGAGGCCUCGUAUCUCGACCCAUACUUGUUAGAGAGUCCCUGUAGUGGUAAUAGCUCACAUUUAAAUCUCCCUUUAGAUUUGCAAAGCACUUUACAUGCUUUAUCUAAUUUCAUAUUACAUUCCCAAUAAAUGAUCAUGUACCUAUUACUGGAAGUCCCUUUUAUUCCCCUUGGCCACUCAGCCAAAUUUCCCCAUUCUAAGAGUUACAGAAUCCAGAAAGUCAAGCUCUAUUUUCUGGAUUGGUUCUUCUGUCAUUCUGUCUAUUCCGAGACUGAUUGACCACACACUCCUGCCAUCUUAUUUGUGGGCUGCCAAGGAGAAACUAGACUGAUAGAGUUGACUGUGCUACCGAAUUAGCCCUUUCUAUUUCACUAUAAUAAAAUGAAUAUUUCUGUUCAGAUCAAAAGAGAAGCAUAACAAGAAGGCUGAUGAAUGGUUACAGUCUAAAUGGAAGGUAUAAUGCUUCUUUGAUGAGCCUUGAUAGACUGAAGUGUACUUUGAGGAGAGUACAUUACAGGGAAGAGAGAGAGAGAACAUCAUGACCAGUACCUGCAAUUCUCACUGACAAGACACAGGAACUUCAUGACCGCACAUUUUGACUUUCGCGUGGCAUUGCUAAUAUGAGACGUGUAUAUGUGUUUGUGAGUUGGGUUGGGAGAGUUUUGGGGGGAUGGGAUGAGAAAAAAAUGUGACAGCAUUUAACAAAUCAAACUUGGGAAAGGUUCUCCCCCUCCCCACCAUCAAAAAGAAAAAAAGAAAAAAAAGCAGAUGGUGUUUUGAACACAAACUGUCAUAGCACAUGAAAGCAUAAGAGUUCUGGCCGUUGCCAAGAGUGAAAAAAAAAAACAAGCCGAUUUUCUUUAAUUGCAAAAACUAACUCUCAGUUCUCCCGUGGUCUUAAAAAAAAAAGGGCACUGAGAAAUGUGAGUGCUCUGUGAGAAGGGAUUUGUGUAACAAGCAACUCCAACCACAGAAGUCACAUGGGACGCUUUCUGCUUUGCCACUUUUGAUUGCUUGUCAAGAAGGUUAUACUUUUAGUUCUCCCUGGCCAGCAAGGCUAAGCCAUGUGCGAGCUGGACUGACCUUUGUGCACAAUGUCUUCCCAAAGGCUCAUCCAGCAGAACAACAAUUUGGUGGACUACUGCCCAGGCCCAGCUUAUAGCAUGUACUCUGCACCCACAGGUAGCCCACAAGUGGAUAAUAAAAGGAUCCAAAUGCUGGCAGACACAGUGGCCACUUUGCCCAGGGGGCGAAAGCAGCAUGCUUUGACCAGAUCAAGUUCUCUGGGUGACUUCUCCUGGCCACAGAGGAGGCUGGUUACUGUGGAAAGGCAGGAUAAUGGGACAUUUGGAUUUGAAAUUCAGACUUACCGACUGCCAAACCAAAAUACCUAUUUGGCUGAGAUGUAUACAUACAUCUAUAAAGUGCAAGAGGAAAGUCCAGCUUACCGCUCUGGACUACAGAUUGGUGAUGUCCUUGCUAAUAUCAAUGGAGUUAGCACGGAAGGUUUUACUCACAAGCAAGUGGUUGAAUUGAUAAAAUCUUCAGGAAACAAGUUAAGGCUAGAGACAGUUAAUGGAACCAUGAUUCUUAGAAGGGCAGAGCUUGAAGACAAGCUGCAGGUUCUGAAGAGAACCUUGCAGGGAAAGUGGGAGGAGUUCCAAGCUUUGCAGUUACAGGAACAGCGCCUGCUUCACGGUGAUGCUGUUGACAGCUCAGGGCUGGAAAGUUUGCUCUCCGGAGACUCUUUAGCUGAAAGUUCAUCAGGACUGACUGCUGCUUAUUUGAACCGCCACAACCGCCUUUCCAGUGAAAGCAGCUGUAAGAGCUGGUUGAGCUCCUUGACUGGGGAUAGCGAGGAUGGCUACCAGACUUGCAUGUCCGAGGAUUCCUGUCAGGAAGCCCUGAGCCGGCAGACGAGUAUGGAGGACGAGUGUUUUUUCCUCAAGGAUGGUGACACGACCCUGAGGAAAUCGUCCAGCAGGAGAAACAGGAAUAUCAGUAGUGCCAGCAGCGGUUCCAUGUCCCCCUUGUGGGAGGGCGGCGGCAGCAAUGUCAUCAGCGUGUUCGGGACUCUGCCACGAAAAAGCAGAAGGGGAAGUGUUCGGAAACAACUUUUGAAAUUCAUCCCUGGUCUCCACCGAGCCGUGGAAGAGGAAGAGAGCCGCUUCUGAUGAGGGAGGAGCCCUUUGCAAAAGGGCAGUGACCAAAACGGGCUGGGUGAUCUGAACUUUGGCCUCACCCAGUUAAGGAAAGUGGGGAGGUGGCUUAUGAAACUGACAUGGGACCCCAAGGCAGAAGUGGCCUUUAUUUAAGUGAUUUAUCUGCAUUUUGUUGCUGUUGUUUUUAAAAACCAUUCUAGAACCUACUGAAUUCAGAAGGGGUAUAAAUGCUAGCUCUGCUCCUUAUUGCCUGGGUGACUUUGGCCAAAUCACUUGCCCUUUCUGGACAUUUUACAGAUGAGCAUCUGUAAAAUGAAGGGUUGUCUGGAUGCCUUUGAUUAUAUCACUUAGACAGAUCGUUGUGGAGAGACUUGUUUGAUUAAUGCAUGAGAAGGUGUCUGCCAAAUCUGAUGUUGCCUAUAUAAGGAAAGGAAUAUUUAUUAUCUAGAUUGUCCCUGUGAAAAAUAAGUUUGAGACUUUUAGACUCAGAUUAGAAAGAAAUUAAUGCCUGGAGCAAUAUUGAUUUCUGGAAAUAUCUUUUUUUCCCAUAGGUUGCUUAAUGGGUUUACCUCAUCUUGGUCUUUGCCUAAGACCAAACUGCCAUCUGGAACUGCUUUAAAAUCAAGGAAUUAAAUAUAUAUAUAUAUAUAUAUAUAUAUAUAUAUAUAUAUAUAUAUAUAUAUAUAUAUAUAUAUAUAUUUAAAUGUAUAAAUUAUAGCAGGCAGUGGAGACUAGAAAUUUUCCAUGCUACUGAGGGACAAAUGUAGAAGAGAUCAUUAAAGAUGUGUCAGGCAGAAUUUAGCUUGGGGAUCAGGUUUCUGACAGAGGGGGUUAUCAAGACUUUGAAAUGGGCUUCUGAAAGCGAUUAUCAAUUCUUUCCCUUAGAACCCUUAAAAACAUGAGAUCCUCAUCUCCCAAGGCUAGUUCACAUAUGUUCCUUCUUGAAAAUGGAAUUGAGAUUGGAUGCCUUCACAACAUAUUUAGGUUUUAUAAUGAUUUUGUCUUCAUAAAGCCUGAGAAAUUUGAUCCUAUGAUGAUUUAUAAUGGGGGUGGAGGGGGAGACUUUACAUCUAGGCAUGUUCUUUUUAUAUUCUCCCAUGUUAUAGUGUGCCACUUUGAACAUUCUCAUGUGUUUACUAUCCAGGUACAUAAUCUCUAAGGCUUCAUAGUUCUUAGGAUGCAGGUCAUUAUCAUCUUCACCGCAGAGGAAGCUACCAGAAAUAAUCCUUUAGUUUUUCAAAUAUUACAUAUUUCUUUGGGUAUAGGGAGAAGGAAAAAAGUUGAUUUCUGAGACUAAUGAAUCUACUACCACACAUGAAUAUAUUUAAGGCAAUCCAAAAUUCUGUCAUUCUGGAGAAACUUUGAAACUUUCUAAUUCUCCUAAUGGGAGAAAAACCAGGUAGACUAAAAAAAACCAACAAUCCACCUGAUAAUAUUUAUAAUUAAAAUUAUUUUCCAACUGUGGUAAAGCUUUUCUAAUUUCAUAAUAAUAUAGAAUUUGGGUGAAAGAAAUGUGUAGGUAAAUGAGCUUUCAAUAAAUACCUUUUGAGACUGAUAUGGUGCUUCCAGGUUUUCAUAGGACACUCCCUUCCACUAUUAUGAUUACUGUGAAAGGAAGGAUUUAAACAUACAGGUUUGGCUACUGCAAGGAUGCAUCAUCUUUAGGCUUUUUUUUCUAUUUGGGGAGAAUAUAUAUAUAUAUAUAUAUAUAUAUAUAUAUAUAUAUACAUAUAAAGUUCUGAUAAUUUCUAUUAUCUCUGCUGUCCACAAGCAAGUUUUUUGACCUGUUCAUCUUGAGGGCAAUUGAUAGCCAUAUCUCUUAUCAGUAAAUUAUGCUCAAUAAACAAUAUUUUGAGGGAUGAUACCAAAAA